CGCGCACACACGCUCACGCUCACGCUCACUCUCACACACACAGUAAAUGUAGUUAUAUAAUCUAAUUCUGGUUGUAUGACUAUGAACAAUAGUACAGUGAUAUAUUCUGGUUGUAUGACUAUGAACAUAGUACAGUGAUAUAUCCCAAUUAAAGGUAGAAAUUCCGAAUUAUAGCCGCGAUCCGCUGCACUUUUUGUCAUCGGCUGUCAAAGUUUCCCACUUCCAUUUGGUGAAAACGCAUCACAAAGACCCGGGAGUGACGUGGAAGAGCAACAGGAAGUGGGAGCACAUAUGCUGGUUCCUUGCUACUUGCGGUCCAGGUGAUCAUGGCCCAGCAGGCGUCAGCGGGGCGCCGCUGCCUGCGCGCGUUUGUGAGCGGCUUCUUCGUGGCCGUGCCCGUCACCGUGACCGUCCUGGACCGCUUGGCCUACGUGGCCAGGGUGGAGGGGGCGUCCAUGCAGCCUUUCUUGAACCCGGACGCCACGUCGGAAGGCGACGUGGUCCUGCUGAACCGCUGGAGCGUGAGGAAACACGAGGUGCAGCGAGGCGACAUCGUGUCAGUCAUGUCACCCAGGAACCCUCAGCAGAAGAUCAUCAAGCGGGUCAUCGGCCUGGAGGGGGACUUCAUCAGGACCCUGGGCUACAAGAAGCGGUACCUGCGCGUGCCCGACGGCCAUCUCUGGAUCGAGGGGGACCACCGCGGUCACAGCCUGGACAGCAACACGUUCGGCCCGGUGUCGUUGGGGCUGCUUCACGGCCGGGCGUCUCACAUCAUCUGGCCUCCUCACCGCUGGCAGCGCAUCCGAGCCCACCUCCCGCCCAACAGAGCCCCGCUGUACACGGAUGAUGAAGAGGGGUGAAGAAAUGGACAGAUUUUUUUGUCUCAGUCCUGCUGGCGGGAGACAGCAAAAAUGUUCUUUGGAUGCCACAAUUGACCAUUCAUGCGUUCAUCCGAUAUGAUCAGACUUUAUUUGAAUAUUUGUCCUUUUCAAAACCAGUAGAAUUCAUAGUGUAACCAUUAGGACUCCCCUCAAUUUUGGUGAAUUUUAAAGGUCCCGGGCACCAAAAAGGGUCCCAGUCAAAGUGUUACAAAUAAGUAAUAUUGUUUUCACUUCAAUAUCUAUAUGAAAUUGUGGAGGGAGGUGUGGCCAGCGCAGCCUGCAGGAGCAAAGGUCACAGCCUCUGUCUACGGUGCUGAAGGCAGAGCACCAUCAGACGGGGGCGUGGCAAGUGCCGACGGCGGGACACAGCUGGACAGGUGAUUAGAUCUCCCAGGUGGUACGAGUUAUCUAAUCACCUGUAAGCGGCCAGGAACUGGAGAGGAGGAGACGCAGGACUGAAGAAUUUUGCUAAAAGAUAUGAUUAUUAGAACCUUGUUAAAACCUGCACGCUUGGCUCCUGUGCCGUGUCAGACAGUGACACUGCGAGGAUGCAACUUCCACAAACAUUUUUUUUUUUUUUGCAAUGACUUUUUAAUCCCAAUAAAAUUAUCCCCACUCAUUAAAGUGUUAAAAAUAA